AUGGCAUAUAUUUGCAAAAUUUGCAAAAAAGAAUUUAAAACUUCACAAGGUUAUAGAAAUCACAUAAAAUCAUUAGAACAUAAACUUAAACCUUUAAAUGAUAUUAUGAAUAACUAUACUUCAAGACAAAUUCAAUUUAAUAAUGAACAAAAAAACUUUAUAGAAAUAUACUCAAUAUCGAAUGAAGAAAGCAAAAAUUCUAAUUUAGAUUUAUUAAUUUAUUCUUCAAGCAAUUCAAGCAAUAGAAUAAUUAUAACUAAUAAUGAAGAAUUGGUUAGUGAUAUUAACAAAAGAAAUUCUAUAAAUGAAGAUAAUUAUAACUAUAUGAAUGAAAGUAGUGAUAACUAUGAACUUGAUUCAAGUUUUAAAAUAUCUAAUGAAUCAAAGUUACUUAAUAAUGCAUUUAUAGAUUUUAUGAAUGUAGUAGAUAAAUAUAAUAUUAGCAAUAAGGCAGGAGAUGCUUUUCUUAAAGUAUUUAGAAAAUAUUCAUCCUGA